UAAGCUGGCUGUGAAAAGAAGCAAAGAAGGUGCGCGGUUUCACAAGCUUUUUCGAUUAUUAAUUAGUUAUUUAUUUGGUGCUUUUUUGUGCAAUACUGGUUUAUACCGUGCGCCGGUGUUUCUCGUGCAACUCGCCGCUGUUAUUCCGUCGUGCUGUAAUCGUGCAACCAUGGGUCUCUUUGGCAAAUCCCAAGACCGAAACCCUAAAGAUAUGGUCCAGGAAUGGUCGUCGAAGCUACGCAAAGAAUCGUUCGCACUCGACCGGCAGAUACGCUCCAUCCAGCGUGAGGAGGACAAAAUAAAACGUUCGCUCAAGGAGGCGGCCAAAAAGAACGACAAGGAGGUGUGCACGAUACUGGCGAAAGAGCUCAUCCGGUCGCGGAAAGCGAUCAACAAAAUCUACACCAGCAAGGCACACAUAAACUCGGUGCAGCUACAGAUGAAAAACCAGAUGGCGACGGUGCGAGUGGCGGGCUCGCUGGCUAAAUCGACCGAGGUGAUGCAGGCGAUGCAGGCGCUCGUAAAGCUACCGGAGGUGGCCGCCUCGAUGCGCGAAAUGUCGAAGGAGAUGAUGAAGGCCGGCAUCAUCGAGGAAAUGAUCGACGAAACGAUGGAAUCGCUCGAGGACGUGGAGGAGAUGGAGGAAGAAGCGCAAAAGGAGAUCGACCAUGUGCUGUGGGAGAUAACGGCAGGCAAGCUGGGCGAAGCUCCGGCCACACCGCUCGCCAACCCAACGAAGGACGAACCGUCGACAUCAAGGGCCGAAGAGGAGGAGGAUGAAGAGGACGAUAUGAAGGAGAUGCAGAGCCGAUUGCAGGCACUGAGGUCGUGAAUGGGAGCUGCCCUUUCAUCCUCCUCCACCUUAUACUGACCACCUUCAGGGGUUUUGCUUAACAGUAACACACAGACACACACUCACACUCAAAUACAAAACUUAAAUACUGUCCGUUCGUUGCAACGUUGCAGUCACUAGUUAUUUACCCUUUUUGCCCACAAAGAUACAAAUUCAAGAAGAAGAAAAGGUAUAUCCUGAAAGGAAUUUCUUCCCUGAUUAUAAAUGUUAAAAUAAAAUAUAACUUAUCUUACCUUUUCUGUACAUUUCACUGCUCACCCAACACACGACACCGGAGUUGUGUCUUUUGCUCUUUUCA